AAUGCGCGUGCGCGCUGGGCCGGCUCGUCCCGUUCUGUCCCAAUCAUUGUAAACAGGCGGAGGCUGGGGCGGGGUGGGAAUGGGGCGCCCGAGGCCGGCCAGGGGCGCAGCGCAGGAGGCGCCUACGGUGGCUGCGGCGGCACGGUGAGCGCGAGGAGGCGGCGGCUGCGGCGGGGCGGGCGGUCGCGCGGCGUCAGGCACAGGUGUAAUGGAUAGGUAACAGAGAAACCCUCCUCACUGUCUCGUCAGGGAGGCAGAAUGACUGAGUGCUUCCUGCCCCCCACCAGCAGCCCUAGUGAGCACCGCAGGGUGGAGCAUGGCAGUGGUCUUACCCGAACCCCCAGCUCUGAGGAGAUCAGCCCUACCAAGUUUCCCGGCUUGUACCGCACUGGCGAGCCCUCGCCUCCCCAUGACAGCCUUCAUGAGCCUCCUGACAUAGUGUCUGAUGAUGAGAAAGACCAUGGGAAGAAAAAAGGAAAAUUUAAGAAAAAAGAAAAAAGGACUGAAGGCUAUGCUGCCUUUCAGGAAGAUAGCUCUGGAGAUGAGGCUGAAAGUCCUUCCAAAAUGAAGAGGUCCAAGGGAAUCCAUGUUUUCAAGAAGCCCAGCUUUUCUAAAAAGAAAGAGAAGGAUUUUAAAAUAAAAGAGAAACCCAAAGAGGAAAAACAUAAAGAAGAAAAGCACAAAGAAGAGAAACAUAAAGAGAAGAAGUCAAAAGACUUGACAGCAGCUGAUGUUGUUAAACAGUGGAAGGAAAAGAAGAAAAAGAAGAAGCCAAUUCAGGAACCAGAGGUGCCUCAGGUUGACGUUCCGAAUCUCAAACCCAUUUUUGGAGUUCCUUUGGCCGAUGCAGUAGAGAGGACCAUGAUGUACGACGGCAUUCGGCUGCCGGCGGUUUUCCGUGAAUGUGUAGAUUAUGUAGAGAAGUAUGGCAUGAAGUGUGAAGGCAUCUACAGAGUUUCAGGAAUUAAAUCAAAGGUGGACGAGCUGAAAGCAGCCUAUGACAGAGAGGAGUCUCCAAAUUUGGAAGAAUAUGAGCCUAACACCGUGGCCAGUUUGUUGAAGCAGUAUUUGCGAGACCUUCCCGAGAAUCUGCUUACCAAAGAGCUGAUGCCUCGCUUUGAAGAGGCUUGUGGGCGGAGCACGGAGAGCGAGAAGGUGCAGGAAUUCCAGCGCUUGCUCAAAGAGCUGCCAGAAUGUAACCAUCUUCUGAUUUCUUGGCUGGUCGUGCACAUGGACCAUGUUAUCGCGAAGGAACUGGAAACAAAAAUGAAUAUACAGAACAUUUCUAUAGUGCUCAGCCCAACUGUUCAGAUUAGCAAUCGUGUCCUAUAUGUGUUUUUCACACAUGUGCAAGAGCUCUUUGGAAAUGUGAUACUAAAGCAAGUGACCAAACCUCUUCGAUGGUCUAACAUGGCCACUAUGCCUACACUGCCAGAGACCCAGGAGAACAUCAAGGAGGAGAUCAGAAGACAGGAGUUUCUUUUAAAUUGUUUACAUCGAGAUUUGCAGGCUGGGAUAAAGGAUUUAUCUAAAGAAGAAAGAUUAUGGGAAGUACAAAGAAUUUUGACAGCCCUCAAAAGGAAACUGAGAGAAGCUAAGAGACAAGAGUGUGAAACCAAGAUUGCACAAGAGAUUGCCAGUCUUUCAAAAGAGGAUGUUUCCAAAGAAGAAAUGAAUGAAAAUGAAGAAGUUAUAAAUAUUCUCCUUGCUCAGGAGAACGAGAUCCUGACUGAACAGGAGGAGCUUCUAGCCAUGGAGCAGUUUCUGCGCCGACAGAUCGCCUCCGAAAAAGAAGAGAUCGAACGCCUCAGAGCCGAGAUUGCUGAAAUUCAGAGCCGCCAGCAGCACGGCCGCAGCGAGACCGAGGAGUACUCCUCCGACAGCGAGAGCGAGAGCGAGGACGAGGAGGAGCUGCAGAUCAUCCUGGAGGACCUCCAGAGGCAGAACGAGGAGCUAGAAAUAAAGAACAAUCAUUUGAAUCAAGCAAUUCACGAAGAGCGAGAGGCCAUCGUCGAGCUGCGGGUGCAGCUCCGCCUGCUUCAGCUGCAGCGAGCCAAGCCCGAGCCGCCAGGGCAGGACGACGAGGAGCCCGAGAGGCGCGGGGCCGGCCAGCCGCCCAGAGACGGCGCCCUGGAGACGAAAGCGGCUAAGGAGCAGGCCAAGCCGUCACCGAGCAGAGACAGGAAGGAGACGCCCAUCUGAGCAGCCCAGACCCAACGAGACCCGUGCAUCUUACUGUAAUCCCGAGAGUCAGAGUGCACAACUCUGUGCUGUACAUUCUGUAAAGAUGUCUUUUCUCCUCAGACUCUUUCUUCUCUCACACGUAUGACUUCUCCGCGUCAGGCUCAGGUUACACGGGAGGACAAAGCAGUGCACGCAUUGUGGGCUUGUAGGGGACAGAUGAGUUUUCCAGAUAGUGUCAGCUUAUUUGAAGAUUAAUUUUCCUUGUUAACUUAAAACUAUUUUAACCCUUGAGUGGCUUCUUUUUAAACCAAAAAUCGUCUUUCUUUGCUUUUUUAUUACAGCAGAAUCAGGAUCUCUUUCUCUCGGUGGGGGGUGGGGUGGGGUGGGGGUGGGGGGUGGAGCCAAACAAGGUAAAUCCUGUUCCUGCCUUGUGGAUUGCCCCGUAGUGUCACCCUCCGGGAUCUCUGCUUACUAGUCACUCUUGCUUGUGCCUUUUACACCUUCUCGGUGCAGAUUCUAUAAUGGGGAGCUGCCUCAGAUUUCCUGACUGGCCAGAAUGGCUGUUACUGAGGUUACCUUUGCCCACCCUUGUCACCCUCUCCUUUGACGGCCCUAAACCAGUCCAUGAACCUGAGUCACCGGAUGGCCUGACCUGUCACAGAGCUGCCAGUGGAGCCCGCCCGCUGGCCCCGGGGCAGCGUGGCCCCCGUGUAGGAGCAGCCGCCGGGCUCCUGCGGGCUCCUCGCUGCCGGUGAUCACAUGCUUUUCAGUGGGUUGGUCGGAGGUAGCCGCCUGACCUGAGGCCUCCACACAGAGGACCGGUUCCUUAACCCGGAGAUCUUCUCGUGUGACUGAUCUUCCAUUAAACACAGGAUGACUUAGAUUGCUUGCUUGGGCUGGAAUGUAAAAGUCUCUCUGCCUGAAUAAGCCAUAUAUGCUCUUAAACAAAAGUGUCCAAUUACCCGUAUCCUAUGAUCUCAGUGAACCUGCUGACGGACUCCCAAUUGACAAGAUUGAGCAAUAGAAAAAAACUUUUCCUUUAAAUGAUAGCUGUGAUUCCCCGACCCCGUUUUCUUGCUUCUGUAACUUCUCCGGUGACUGAGGCAUCUGGGAGGUCAGCUCUCGGGCACCUUUGUUCAGUCACGCUCUGUCUGAAUAAAUGGCACCCGUGAGGUAGGUCAGCUCUCAUGGCUGUGAAGAUAAACCCCACGCACUCAAGGUGAUGGAAACAAACCCCCCACGAGGGCUCUGUCCUCUCCUAGUUACUAUUUAUUUUCAGCACCUGUUUGAUGCGGUUUUUUAUUCUCUACCUAUUGCACUGUUGUGACUUGUUGGCCAUUGUUUGAUUUUUGUACGAAAAAAAGCUUUGUUAUAGAAAUCAGCAUACUAUUUUUUUAAAUCUGGAGAGAAGAUAUUAUGGUGACUGAAAAUAUGGUCAGGUGUCAAAUAUAAACGUAUAAAAGCC